GUACAAUGCGCCGCCUUCAACAAUGUGCCAUACAGCGGGCAACUUCUCAAAUGGUACCCCCAUUACGACCCAGCUAGGCCGUGCGCUUUGAUCUGCCGCGGUGAACAGACCCUUGAGAACGGCGUUAGACGAUCGCGGCAGGAAGUGCCGUCGGGCGAGAAGACGAUGCCGCGCGAUUCCACGGAUAGCCUGCAAUUCGACAGCGACGAGACAAUAGUGGUGCAACUAGCGGAUAAGGUGGAAGACGGCACGAGAUGUUACGCAGAGAGCACGGACGUGUGCAUUGGCGGCGAGUGCAUGAAGGUUGGUUGCGACCUUCGAGUUGGUAGUAACAAGAACACAGAUGCGUGUGGCGUGUGCGGAGGGAACGGAUCAAGCUGUCAAUCGCGAUACUCCUGGAGUUUGGAAUCGAUAUCCGCCUGUUCCAAGUCCUGCGGUGGAGGUUUCAAGAUGGGGAUGGCGGUGUGCAAAUCGGCCGACGAGAGCGUCGUGGAGGACAGCUAUUGCGAUGCAAACAGCAGACCUUCGGUGAAAUCCUUAAUGCCGUGCAACACGCACCCCUGCACAACGAAAUGGAUGAGCGGGGAGUGGAGUGCGUGCAGCGCGAGCUGCGGCGGCGGUUCGCGAACGCGGUCCGUCUUCUGCACCGAGGAGAACGGAAACGAAACCACAAAGCUACCUGAUCACAAGUGUAGUGGCACGCACAAACCGCGUACUCAGGAGACCUGCAACACCGUGUCCUGUCCGAUGUGGGAGGACCGAUAA